CCCCACGUGCACUUUGCGGUACACCUCAUCCACGCACGGCCCACCGUGUCGUCAGCGGUGCGCUCCCGACCCGGCGGGGCGUUGCGCAGAUCUCAGAUCAGCUGACCGCAGCGGAGUCCCGCGUGUUGACACGGUCGGGAGCCUCCAGCCGUCUGACGUAGCUCGGGAAUGAAGGAGCACGGCGCUCGCGUUAAUAGGCACCCGGGCGGGGGAGACUUCCAGGGGGCCACCUGAAGAAGAGUACAACUUGGGAGCGUAUUCCGGGGGUGGGGGGUGUCGGUGCGUCCCGCGCGCUCUUCUCUCUCUUUCCCUCUCUCGGACAGACACUAUUUCCUUCAGCGUCUAGUUGAAUCCAGAUUUCUGCCCCCCCCUCCCCCCUCCUCCCUCCUACCUUUAAACAAAAAAAAGAUAAACGAACUGGACCGAUUGGCCACAUAAAUGAUGAAGUUUAAGCCCAACCAGACCCGGAUCUACGAUGGCGAGGGGUUCAAGAGAAGAGCGGCGUGUUUGUGUUUUAAAGACGAAGAAGAGGACGAGGUGCUACUGGUGAGCAGCAGUCGCCAUCCAGACCAAUGGAUCGUGCCAGGAGGAGGAAUGGAGCCUGAGGAGGAGCCCUGUGGGGCCGCCGCCAGGGAGGUCUACGAAGAGGCCGGUGUGACAGGAAAAGUUGGCAGACUCGUAGGGAUUUUUGAGCAAAAUAAAGACAGAAAGCACAGGACGUACGUCUUUACCCUCACAGUGACGGAAACGCUGGAAGACUGGGAGGACUCUGUCAACAUUGGAAGGAAGAGGAAGUGGUUCAAAGUGGACGAAGCCAUGAUGGUGCUGCAGAGCCACAAACCUGUCCAUGCAGAGUACCUACAAAGACACAGAAGCACCUGUGACCCCUCCUGCGGCUCAACGCGUAGCCCGUCCAAUGGCAACACCCCGAGCUCCCAAGUGACGGACAACCACGCCCCUCACUAUGUCGUUUGCUCCACACAGGGGUCAGAUCUAUCCAACAGAUAGGACCAGCAGCAAGAAGUUCUUGUUAGACGACGACAACAACAACGUGAUGGAGGUCUGGAGAAGCCUUCUGCGUUGAUUGUGUUACAGAAGCAGCCUCUUACUAUGUACAGGAUGGACUUCAUUUCAGUUGAUUUGAAAGCCAUUUUUAGGUUGUGCCCAUAUGUUUUCCAAGUUUGUAUUGAAAGAUGUACAUCUUUUAACAGAUAGCAACAGCUAAUCGAGCAAUUGAUUCCUUUUUAAAAGGAUUCUGCUCUAUAUGGAUUAUCUCCUUGAGCUGUUUCUACAGCAUAGGUCCCGUUGACUAGCAGUGAACACAAGUACUUAGGUUGUUUGAGAGCUUAGGGCAAAGUCUGCUUUGAUACAAUAAGUGUGAACAACAUUACUCCUCCUACAAUUACCAGUUUACAGUGAACACUGUGUGAUCUCUAAUCACUAGUUACUGUGUAAUGUCAUAUAGAUUAGGCUUCAUACCAGCCCCCACACUGAAAUGGAGACUUUAAUUUGGGUGUGUGUCUGUCAAUGGUGUUGAGCCAAGAACAGCGCAGGGGUAGUUAUACAGGUAUCAGCUACUCCGCAUGAUGAUUAUCAAGUGCAUUUGACAAAUUUUCCUGUUAAUGUUUGGGCCUGAAUGCCUUUGUAUUCCUGGAGAAUUACAAUGUGCUUUAUUGUUAAUGCCUCCAAAAACAAUAGUAAAUUGUGUUUAGUUUUUACUGGACACCAAACCGCCUUACUGGAAGCCCCUAAAAUCUGCACAUACAGAUAAUGAUGUUUUUCAGCUGCGUUUAGAUUUGAACAAUUGGCUGUUGAAGGAAUUAUUACAUGAAUGUACAGUGAUUAGUUCUGCUUGAUUGCAUUAUUUAUGUUUCAAAAGGGAAAAAUACCCCUCCGUUGAUGGAUGAGAAACUAUGAGCAGAAGUCAAAAGCUUCCCUGACUGUUGUUGUCAGUGAAUAUUAUAAAUUCAGUUUAUUGAAUAUCAUUGGCUCUUGUUGAAAAACUCACGUUUUUGUGACUGGACUUGUGUGCAGCGUGCCAUGGUGUUUGUAUAUAAAACAUUUGAAUAAUUAAUAAAAGAAAACGUACAUUGCA